AUGCCGCGUAUUCUACGCCGUUUCCCUCGGUGCUGUAUUCCACCAACUAUUUGGGAGUCGAGUCGAGAGGACUACCUUCAGGAUGUCGUCAACCCCAAUUCUCAUAUCAACCCCAAUUGGUCCAUCAUUCGAUUCUUCUUCAUGUUUGCUGGCUAUGAUUUCGAGUAUGGAAAAGCUACUGUGAAGGAGAAAGCACCGUUUGUUAAAGAAUAUGUCCCUGACAAUUUUCUGGAUUCUCAGUUGGAGAAUUCGACUCAUCUAUUGACGAACACAUGGAAAUGCGCUACCUCCUAUUCACGCUCCAACGACGACGACUCUGUCUCCACGGACGCCUACUACACCUACAUGUAA